AAUAAAAAAAUUAAAUGAAGACAUAAAUAUUGCUGAUAGCUAUGAUAUCUGUUUCAUUCCAAGCUUUGACUGCUACAAAUGAAUGUGUUUGCGAAGAUUUUGCAGUGACUGAUUGCAAAACUGAGUAUGGAUGUGUUUGGACAGAAAGUGAUUCUUCUUGUGCUGCAAAAAAAGUUGAUUGCACAACUUUAACAACACAAAAAACAUGUGAUGAUGAAUCAACAUGUGCUUGGACUGAUUCAACUUCAAAAUGUGCAACUUUCACAAAAUGUGAAGAUUAUGUUGUCUCAGUUGCUGAUUAAUGUAUGGAAAAAAGUGGUACCUGUGUUGCAGGAACUACUACUGAUGGAAAAACCACAUGUAAAACUUAAGCUGCCACAACUGUCACUUGUACAAGUUUCUCAUCUGCAGCUGAUUGCAACUAUAAAAGGCCAAGCAAUACUGCCACUUGCUGGUUCAAAGGAAGUGCUUGUGAAUCAAUCGAUACUUCUAAAUGUUCAACAAUCACAGUUCAAGAUUUAUGUGCAGGUGAUUGUAAAUGGGAAACUGAUAAGUGUGCUGUAAAAACAUGCGCUGACUUUAAAACUGCUGAUGAUUGUGAUACAGUCUCAUUAGAUGAUGGAUCAGGUGUUACUAUUUGUACUUGGGGUACUGCUUGUGCUGAAGCUGCUGAUGUUAGUGCUUUAACCAAAGACAAUUGCUUAAAAAAAACAUCAGGUUAUUAUUAUUGGGAUGGAAGUGCCUGCUCAGAAUGCGAAGGAUCAAGUAAUUCAUACAUUUUGGCUUUCAUUGGAUUCAUAGUCAUGCUUAUGUUCUGAUUCAGUAUUCAUAUAUAUUAAAUUAUCCAUUCAUAAUUUUUAAUUACAAUUAAAU